AUCAGAGGUGUGAUAUAUCAUCAGAUUGUCAGCGUACCACAUCACUGACCGACAUCUACCACCAUGUCGGCAAAUGAAUGCGAAGGAAAGCCUCAAGUGAUUUCUUCAGAUCUGAGAGACCUUGGUGACAUCCACGAUUUGAACAACUUUCAGUGUUUACUGUAUGAUGGCCUGUACCUCCCAAUGGCACCACCAAAACGGCUUGAAGGUCGGAGUCAACUUGAGAACUACAAAAGCAUUAAAGACGCUCAACUGAAUAGAGAUGAUGUAAUCCUUUGCGCGUAUCUUAAAUGCGGUAACCACUGGCUGUUUGAGGUGCUGGGGAUGCUCACGACGGGAUCUCUUCUUUACAGAAAGUCACUUCCCAGGAGCCAAAUGAUUGACUUCAUAUACAAAGACGGCAUAGAAAGUCUGCCCCCACCAAGGUUACUCGUUACCCAUCUCCCACUGCGCAUGCUCCCUACCCAGGUUGUGGAGAAAAAGCUCAAGUGCAUCCAGAUCAGAAGAAAUCCAAAAGAUGUAUGCGUGUCCAUGUAUAAUAACUUCAGAAACCUCGCUGUCCCGAAGUCCUUUGAAGGAAAUUUUGCGGAGUUCACGGAAGCAUUUCUGUCGGGUGAAAUGUAAGUAACAUUGUAGUCGCUGACACUGUUCUCUCAGGAAAACAAUCUUAACUUCGCAUGGUCGCUACCGGUCCUGUGGGUUUCUUGUGUGACGUGACAUGCUCACAAUCCUACCAGAGCGCAUGCUUUACAGGAGCUUUACAAGAAGAAGGGUUCACAAGUUGCAAGUCCUAGAACGGGUUCACUCGUUACAAGCGUUAGGAACGGUAUAUAUUUGUAACAGGGUAGCUGGGUAACAUUCGCUCUCUUUGCCUCGUCCGCCCAAAACCAGUGCCUUCUUCCCACACAGCUACCAUGCAAGUGCUGCUCAGUUGUCCAUGAACUGUAAUGUUUUGUCAUAUACUCGGGGAGUAAUAGAUCCAUUUCAGCUUAAUGCAAAAUACCCCAGCUUCCCAAGUAUCCAUUUUAAAGAGAUAUAUUGCAUAUAUUCUUAAAAUCACUGUCAUAAUUCUGACACCAGUUAGGCUUUUCCGAAUCCAAUACCAUCAGUGAAUACAUGAGACACUGGAGUUAAUCACAUGUUGACCCAGAAAAUCUCCAAAUAAACUUUGUGAUAAUAGGAUGCUAAUGGUAGGAUAUGGUUAAUCUUUCUGCGAGCACCAAAUGACAAAGCUGGUU